UAUAAUAUGUAUUGACUUGACGUGAGAUCACGUGAACUGAUGUUUGUUUGUAUACAUUGUAUCGCAUAUUGACUUCAUUGACAGCAAACCAUUGAAUUGAUAUCAACGAUGAGUUGGUGUCCGCGGGAACGCAACUAUCGGACAGAACUGACUACCAAGUAUUGCACCGCCAAAGAGGUGACCGAUCAUCCAUUGAAGUCAAUAACUGUUAGUCAAAAAGAGACCAAAAAGUUAACGACACAGUCAUCGGUCGCCAAGAAAACUGUGAAAACAAAUCACGACUUGAAGCCAACCACCACUUCUUGGAAUGGUUUGGAUCCGCUGUCGAUGGCUUUGAGUAUGCAGAGCACUGUCGAUGACAAUCCAUUAGAGACAACUGGUGUUGGAUCAGUCAAAGAGAACCAAACGACGAGCGAUUUUAUCGGCGAUGACUUCGAGAACUGGUCGUCCAUUAAGAGCUCUAUACUCAACAAAUACACGACUUCUGAGAGACUAUCCAUUAAGACAUCAUUUCUUAUGGUGAGCGCCACCGGUUCGACCAUCAGUUCGAGUACUGUCCGCAGUGCAGCUAACACAUCGGUGGCCGAUAAAGUGCGCCACCGUUUGGAACAAUUGGAUGACUUUGAAGAAGGAUCCGUCAAAGAGAUGCUUAAUCUGACACAAACUGAAUACGUUAACCGAAUCGAUGAACUUAAUGUCACUCUUCAUGAGUCGUGGAAUUCUGACCAAAGAGUCAAAGCACUGAAGAUUGUCAUCCAAUGUUCGAAACUUUUAGCCGAUAUAUCUGUGAUUCAAUUUUAUCCGUCAAAGUAUGUACUUAUCACCGAUAUUUUGGACAAUUUUGGGACAUUAGUUUACAACAGAAUUUACACGAARGCGGGAUCCACUGUAACGGCCAUAGAAUCGGCCCGCGAGACGUGUCGUAAUUGGUUUUACAAAAUUGCUUCCGUCCGCGAAUUGAUUCCCCGAUUCUAUGUCGAGACCGCUAUCCUMAAAGUCUACGGCUUUUUAAUUAAUAAGAAAGAUAUUGACACUGAGUAUGAAAGAGCUCUGAAACGGCUGACAAAAAUGAUUCGCGGAAUCGGCGAUCCAUUGGUCGGAGUGUACGCCAGAGCCUAUCUCUGCAGAAUCACUGUCCAAAUUGCACCGCAAUCUAAGUUCAUAUUUCAAGACAACUUUAAUGAUUUUCUACUAUCACUUAAGCAGUUAUCGCCGACAUUUGUAGAACAGACAAUACAAGAACAACAUAUCGAUCAUUCCGUUUAUUACUUGUUAUACAGUCCAGCAUUAGAUUGGAUUGUCUAUUGUCUGGCAUACAAAGCGCCAACAGAUCUAUUAAUUGAAACAAUUAGACAAUUUGAAGACAACUUUAUCUUUAGUCUUGACGACAAUUGUUCAGCUCUUAUAUUAAAUUCAUUGCUUACUUGUUUUCCGGCGCAUCUGAUAACCACUAAAGCAUUGGAUUUUCUUGAGCUAAUUAAACGAGUCAAUAGAGAUAAGACAGCGUCUUCUACUGGAAGUGUAGCAAAUGGUGUCCAAUCAUUAUCUUAUUAUCCGAAAUAUAAUUUAAUCAGAAACUUAGGCAACGCUUUGAUAUCAAAACAUAAUGUUUUGCUUGAGUUGGAAGACGAAGAAAAACUUAAAAUACUGAACGAAAUUUGGAAAUUAAUGAAUAAAUUGAAACAAAAUAACGAAUAUAUGGCUUGUGUUGAGGUUUGGAUUGAGUUUGUUGUCAAACAUUUUACACUCGAAGAGAUCAAUACAUUAUUGGGUGAAAUAAUUAAACGAAUGCAACCAAACCGUGCCUUUGAACAACAUUACAGUCAAUUAGUUGGUUUGAUGUCAAAAGUGGUUACUUUGAGUUCAAACCUUGAUUUCGGUGCCCUAUUUUCUAUGAAUAACUUUAUGCCAUUUUUGGAUUUAUUACAAAAAGAAACGGUAAAAGUUGAGGCCUGUAAAGCCAUUGUCGAGUCAUUCAUCAAAAAUAUAAAUAAUUGCAGCGAUUUAUUUGAUGAAAGUGUUGUCACCACAUCAGAUCCCGUAAUACUUAACUCAAUGACCUAUCUUUGUAAAGCACUGCACGACUCAGUCAGUGCACUGACUCUUGAGGACGAGAGAAGACAAAUUUCUUCAUUAGUGACAUCAUUUCUAAAACACGUAUCAUUUAGUCGCGACUUUGAGGCCGAACUCAACUUUUAUGUGGACUCGAGAGCCAACUUCUGUAAUCUUGAGACAGUUCUCUGUUUUUUAGUCCAAAGAGUCAAUACUUUAGCGAUGGAAACUCGACGAAUAGUUAAAGGAUUUCACACCAAGAAAACGACUUCAUUUGUGAGGGCAUGUAUUGCCUACUCCUAUAUAACCAUUCCAUCACUCGAUGACGUGAUAUUACGUCUUCAGUUAUAUCUAUCCAGUAGUCAUGUGUCACUAAUCAACGGUUGUUUACCACAAACUGAUUCAUUUCUUAAACAAGCCAUCACUUUAAUACAACAAUUGCCGCAACAAAUCGAGUCGAGUGACGGCCGACCAAAAUCUACUGAACCAUUCUUGUUGUCAUAUGUUUCACAAUUGUUAUCAUUUCUUCUAUUAGUUCCCGAUAAUCCAGACACUCCCGAACCAUUGUAUUUGUUUAAAGGCUUAUUAAAUGUGAUAAAUGAAAGACAAUUUGAUUCAAAUUUCGAUACAAAAGCAUAUAUUUUAAUGAAUUUCUUGAAUUUUCUAUCGACGGCAUCACAAGAAACAUAUCCCUAUCACAUAAAUAAAGUUGAUUCAAACGACACAUUAUAUGGUAAUGACAGUCAAUUUAUGGAUCAAAUAGAUGUCUUGUGUUCAUCAGUUCUUAACGAUCUUUUAGAUUAUUUCAAACAAUUGGGUGACGAACGGCAAUACAAGAGACAAUCAUCCUUAGCAUUGGAACUAAUCUGUCGAAUCGUGAGUCACUCACGAGUAGAUGAAAUGUAUAAAUUGGUGAUCAAUUUGUGGCAAUUGUCCAAAAAGAAUUGUUCGCCGGAUACUAAACGAGCGAAUAUAGCUUUGAAUCAUUUGAAACAUAAGUCAAACCAAUGGUCUAAUCAGUCACUCAUUGAAUUGACAGCAAAAUUAGAAAAAUUAUAAUAUUAUCAAUCAAUAGAAAUGGCAAUAAAUUAAUGUUACAAAAAAAUAACU